GAGAGAGAGAGAGAGAGAGAGAGAAAAAAAAACCUCGAUGCGCACCGGAGCAAAGGGGAGUAUCCCGAGAUGAAGAGGAGAGAGGGAUAAAUAGAAGAGGAGACACGGAGGGACAUGAACUCCUGCAUCCCGGAUCACCUGCACACAGCAAGAUAACGGUGGACUUUAAUCUCGUUCCCGUGGCAUGCAGCCGAAACGGUGACUGCGCCAAAACGCGCGCUCCUUGAGGAUCCAGCUGAGCGUCACCAGCACGUCCAACUUUUCUAUUUUCUGCUCCUCUUCCUCACGCCGAGGCUCUGCAUCCAUCACGUCAUCCUCUUGGACUUCCAUAACCACGGUCGCGUGUCUGAUCUGUGAUGGGGGCAGCGGCGGAGGUUGGGAGCUUCGCCAACGGUUUUCUGGACAGCUUCGGCGCCGCUCCGGUUCCCGCUGGCUCUCACUUCGUGUUGACCCCAGCGGGGCCGGUAGACUACAACUCGGUGACCGGACUGGGACUGAUGAUGGGGCUGCAGGGGCAGCAACAGGAUCACCUGGUGUCCGCGGAGAGACUGUCCCGGAGCCUGGCGGACCUGAGCCACCUGAAGGGGAUUCUGAGGCGCCGGCAGCUCUACUGCAGGACGGGCUUCCACCUGGAGAUCCGAGCCGACGGUACCGUGCAGGGAACCAGAAAGGACCACAGCAGAUUCGGUAUUUUGGAAUUCAUCAGUUUGGCUGUGGGUCUAGUCAGCAUCAGAGGGGUGGACAGCGGCCUCUAUCUUGCCAUGAACAGCAAAGGUGAACUGUAUGGAUCGGAGAAGUUGUCUGCAGAAUGUGUUUUUAGGGAGCAGUUUGAAGAAAACUGGUACAACACAUACUCCUCCAACAUUUACCGACAUGGAGAAAAAGGUGCAUUUUACUUUGUGGCUCUGAACAAAGACGGGACAUCCAGGGACGGAACGAGGUCCAGGCGGCACCAGAGGUUCACUCACUUCCUACCGAGGCCAGUUGACCCGGACAGGGUACCAGAGCUCUACAGGGACAUACUGGGCCAGAGUUGAGACUGAAAUGGCAGUAACCCAAAGCUCUUCAGAGCUGGUGCACCGGAUCCUGAGGGAGAUGGAAUAUAUGUUUGUUCUGGACAAACAGGAUCCACACUCCUGGUCAGGGACCAUCUGUGGAGAUCAACAUGGCCUGUCGUACAGGAUUAAGGAUUUAAAAAAGAUGUCAAAGUAAUCAGGCAAUUUUUUAAAAAUCUUCUGCACCUGCCGGGAUGUGUCAGUUCUGUUUUCAGUCAGCCAGUGCAUUUUACUAGGCAAAAGUACCUGUGGACAUGAAGACAAUAAGGGCUACAGCAAUCCAACAUUUGUCCGCAGUGAUCUGAACUUUCGCCCAAAUGAAUGACCGCUGUCUGAUCUUGUCAGGGAGUUUUGGAAUCCACAGAAAUGUGUGCCACAUUUGGUCCAAAUUGUGUUGAACAUAAAAUUCCUUGACUUUUGCCAAAAUAAAUUCUUUAAGGGGAAUUUCAUUGACAUACCAAAUUUGGUAGAAACCAGCACAAGGACCUCAGAGG